UACUCAACAGAAGCUCUGCUGCUGAGUCGACCAGCAGGAUGGAGGAGGAGGCUCCAUCCCGGCGCUCUGUGGCUGAACUGGCAGGAAGGUUUAAAGCUUCGGCUCCUUCUGAUGCUGCUGCGACCGAAACAGAGAAGCCGGUCAGACGACGACCUCCUCGAACCUUACAGCUGUCCAAACCACCGGCAGACGACCAGGAGCAGGCUCCAGAGGUCACGUCUCCUCAACCCGGCAAAGUGAAGAGGAACUCUGCUCUCAUCGAGAAGCUUCAGGCCAACCUGGUUCUCUCUCCGACGGCCAUGCUUCCUUCUCCAAAGAGUCCCGGCUUCAGGUUGCUGCCUGCAGGCUUCGUCCUCCCCUCCCCCGUCUCCGCCCCGGAAACCACGGUAACGCCCACCAGUCCCGUCUCUGUCAGCCACUUGACCGCAGAGGACCCCACAUCUUUUGAAGAGCCUCCUACUGCGGCGGAGGGGUCCAUCCUGCCGAGCAUCAUCAAGGGCAGAGCUCGUCACUCCAUCCGACGACGACCUCCCUCCCGCCGCCACAGGAAGACCAGCAGCGAGGAUGAUGGCGGCGUGACCAACGAGGGAGAAGACACAACCCCGACCUCCCCGACCGAACCCAACAACAAAAUGUCAGAAGAAGGAGGAGGAGAGAAGAAGGAGGGAGGAGGAGAGGAAGACAAAACAGAGAGUCAUAAGAAAGAUGAAUCCCCCAAAGAAGAUCAGCCAAAGGACGGGAUCGACCUCCAAGGAGAAGACGAGAAGAAGGAGAAAAAGGAGGAGGAGAAGAUGGAAGUGGAGAAGAAGGACGAGAAAAAGGAGGAGGAGAUGGAAGUGGAGAAGAAAGAGGAGGGGAAGGAGGAGGAGAAGAUGGAAGUGGAGAAGAAGGAGGAGAAGAAGGAGGAGAAGGAUGAUGGAGAGCAGGUAAAGACGGAGGAGAAAGAUCAGGAGAAAAACUCAGAAGAGAAACAAGAAGACCAGACGAGUGCAGAGUCAGACGUCAACGAUGAACAGAGCGAGGAGGCGAUGAGUGAGAUUUCGGUCUUAUGAGGAGUCGGACGUCCGGUGGAGUUGGAGCGCCGGCGUCACGAAUAUCUACACGACAAACCUGCUUUACUACACGACACGCCGCCCUAACCUCUGACCUCUGACCUCUGGCGCCUAACCCACCCACCCAUCUGCUCAUGCCUACACCUGACCAAGCCGGGUGUCGUGUAGUAAACCAGGUGUGUCGUGUUGAUACUGCAAGUCUGCCUACGUGGAGCCAUAAGGAGCCCUUGCAGCGUUGGGAGGGAACCCCUGCAGCGUUGGGAGGGAACCCUUGCAGCGUUGGGAGGGAGCCCCUGCAGCAUUGGGAGGGAGCCCUUGCAGUGUUGGGAGGGAACCCCUGCAGCAUUGGGAGGGAGCCCUUGCAGCAUUGGGAGGGAGCCCUUGCAGUGUUGGGAGGGAACCCCUGCAGCAUUGGGAGGGAGCCCUUGCAGCGUUGGGAGGGAACCCUUGUAGCAUUGGGAGGGAACCCUUGCAGC